AUGCUCGACGACAAUCAGAAGAUCGGGGUGGCCUUUUGCUGCCUUGGUCUGUGUCUCGGUGGAGUUGGGAUUUUUCUUCUUCUUGAUAGGGCACUUUUAACUUUGGGGAACGUUGCUUUUCUCUUCGGUCUGGUGUUGCUUUUGGGGAUUCGGAAGACGCUCGCGUUUUUCUUCUUGCGUCCGGAAAAGCGACGCGCGUCCUUGACCUUCAUCAUUGGCGUUUUUCUGAUUGCAUUUGGUUAUUCCCUGUUCGGGUUGCCUCUCCAGCUCUACGGCCUGUUCCAGCUCUUCUCCUCCUUCCUCCCUCAGGUCCUCUCAGCCGUUCGCCUUUCACCGCUUGGGUCGUGGAUUCUGCAGCUCCCCGGCAUCAAGCAGUGCACCAAGUGGCUUCUGGAUAGGGACAAAAGUAAUUUGCCGUAUUGA